UCAGGCUCAGUCUCUCCCUCUGUCUGUAGUAGCCUCACUAGGUGCAGGAUUCUCAGGACACCAGCCGUGAUGCAGCGGGCUUUGUUUAGGCGGAGCGCGCUGCUUUCCCAGCAUGCAGCAGCGGCCCUCGACGGGCCCCUGGCAGCCAGGAGCGCGCCUCUGCUGCAGCGACUGGAGCGCUCCAUGUCCUCUGUCACUAUUCCGCCUCCACCAUGCAUGCUCCGGCCACUCGAGGCGCCUCUGCGUUACCUUUUCGGACCGGGACCCUCAAACGUCCCUCCACGCAUCUUAACUGCAGGGGGCAGACCUAUUAUAGGUCACCUGCACCCAGAAAUGUAUGAGAUCAUGAAUGACAUCAAGCAAGGGAUCCAGUACGCCUUUCAAACGGAGAACAACAUGACCAUAGCUAUGAGCGGCUCCGGUCACGCAGCUAUGGAGUGUGCGGUUUUCAACACGGUGGAGCCCGGGGAGAGCGUCCUCGUAGCCAUAAACGGAAUCUGGGGAGAACGCGUCGCAGAAAUAGCCGAAAGAAUGGGUGCCAAUGUACAUACGAUGGUAAAAACACCUGGAGGAUAUUUCAGCAAUAAAGAAAUUGAACAGGCCAUGGAAAAAUACAAACCUGUCCUGUUUUUCCUCACACAUGGAGAGUCGUCUGCUGGUCUCUGCCACCCAGUAGAUGGUAUUGGAGACAUCUGCAGAAAACACAACUGCCUCUUCCUGGUUGACACAGUCGCAUCUCUUGGAGCAGCACCUAUUUUUAUGGACAAACAAAACAUCGACAUCCUGUACACUGGUUCUCAGAAGGCUUUGAAUGCUCCUCCUGGCACUGCACCCAUCUCCUUUAAUGACAGAGCAUGCCACAAGAUGUUUAACAGGAAAACCAAACCAGUGUCCUACCUCUUUGACAUGACACAUUUGUCAAACUACUGGGGCUGUGAUGGAAAACCGGCCAGAGUAUACCACCACACUGGUCCAGUGUCUGGAUUUUUUGCCCUGAGAGAAAGUCUAGCGAUUCUUGCUGAGAAGGGGCUGGAAGAGUCCUGGAGGAAACAUAAAGAGGUGGCUGCCUACCUGUACAGGGGACUGGAGGAUUUAGGCCUCAAGCUCUUCAUCCCUGAAAGGGAUUUGAGGCUUCCCUCUGUCACUACUAUUGCCAUCCCUGAAGGCUACAACUGGAGGGAGCUACUGGCCUACAUCAUGAAACACCACCAGAUGGAGAUGACUGGAGGCCUGGGCCCGUCCAUCGGCAUGGUGAUGCGGAUCGGACUGAUGGGAUACAACUGUGAGAAGACUAAUGCUGACAUGGCACUGCACGCCCUGGCAGACGCUCUCAAGAACUGCAAAAAGAGCAAAGCUUGAGAGACUGGAUUCCCGGACAGAAAUAAAAA